GUGAACAACAUCCCCCGGCGGCGGAAGCGCAGUAGUGUCGUUUCCAUCGACUCGCGGCCCGUGUCUGAGGACUCGUCAUCACUUGACCGGGUCGGCUACUUUGCGUGAGGGGUCGGGUCGGGUCGAAGGGGAGACGGAAAUGGAGUUGUAUGCGGUCGUGUGAUGGAAAUGAGCCAUCCGCGCCGACAGACCAAGUGUCAAUUACCAUCACACCAGUCCAAUUGGACUUGGUUGACGUGAAGCGGCGGUCUCUAAGCCGUCGCAAGCGACGAGGGACGGGAAUGAUGGAUUCACUCAUCAUAUCGCCGUCGUCGUCAUACUCGCAGCUUAAAGAGCAGCGUAGCACGUCGUUCUCGAUACAAAUCAUGACUUUAAUCAUUAUUCCAAAUAUAAACCCAUAAAUGUCCACUGGACUUGUCCUGAGCAUUAGUCGCCGGGUAUGAUGUGGGUCGAGUCACAGUUUC